AUGCUAGUAAUUGUGUUGGCGACAGCAAGUUGCAAUCUUAUUUCUUCCACAAAAGAUGAACUACCACCUUUUAGACAUCCCACUGUCGAUCCUGUAGGCUUACCAGAUGAUUUACCAGACGAUCCUAACUUGCAAAUUAUCCACGGAGAUGAAGUAAAGCCCCAUUCUAUUCCAUACCAAAUAUACCUUAUUGGUAGAAGUUCAUUUCAGUCUUGGUCUUGUGGAGGCUCUAUAAUUUCACCAAAAACUGUUAUUACUGCAGCUCACUGUGUGGAUGGUGCAACUUCCAUACAAAUCACUCUUGGUGCUCAUAAUCUGAAACAGGUGAGUCCUGGUCAAAUCACAGUAAACGCAGCUAGUUGGAAAAAACACGAAAAAUAUGAUCGUUCUACCAUUGAUAACGAUAUCGCUGUUGUGAUUCUGCCAAAUGAAAUUCCCGUAUCUCCCACUAUUAACUAUUCAAAACUACCAUCCAAGACGGACGUCCAAAAGGACUUUGUAGGUGACAAUGCUCGAGUAAGUGGUUGGGGUGUAACCACUAGUGGUGGUGGAAGUGUUUCUGACGUUCUUCGUCAAGUUAACAACACCAUAAUAAGUAACUUCGCGUGUAAUGAAGUCUUUGGAAUUGUUAAAAAUGAAGAAAUUUGCCUUUCUGGAGCUGAAGGAAAAACGGCUUGCAACGGAGACUCCGGAGGUCCAUUGGUUAUUGGAGACAUUCAAGUAGGAGUAGUUUCAUAUGGAGUGCGAUGGUGUAUUUCUGGAUACCCUUCUGUGUAUUGCAGAACAACCAAGUUUCUUGAUUGGAUUGAAGACAAUUCAGACUGGAGAGGUGAUUAG